AUGGACUCGCACUGCGACUGUGCCGAGCCUCCGGCCGCCGAGCAGCCGUCGGGGAAGAUUAACAAAACCGCCUUCAAACUGUUCAAGAGGAGGAAGUCCGGGGGCGCCAUGCCGAGCAUCUUCGGGGUGAGGAGCAAAGGCGGGGAGGGCAAGGGCGCCAGCAAAGCGGGGAUGGUGCGGAGCCGGACGCACGACGGCUUGGCCGACGCCGUGCUGGAGAGCGGCAAGAAGGAGGAAGCGGGCGAGCCGCAGGGCGGGGAGGCGGGGGGCCGGCCGGGCGGCAGCCUCGGCGUCUCCCCCGGCAGCUCGGUGGCCAAGUCGCACAGCUUCUUCUCCCUGCUGAGGAAGAACGGCAGGCCCGAGAACGGCAAGGCGGAGGGCGCGGAUCAGCGGGCUGGCGGCAGACAAAAGAAGGGGCUGAAAGGGAUCUUCAGCAGCAUGCGAUGGCACAGAAAGGACAAAAACGGCAAGGAGGAGAGGGGAGAAAGCUCGGACAUUCCGUCCGGCCUUAUUCUGCCGGGGUCGUUGACUGCCAGCCUGGAGUGCAUCAAAGAGGAGACGCCAAAACCUUUGUCUGAAAGUGCGAGGAGCGCGGGCGACGCGGGGCUGGAAGCGCCGGCGGAGCAGCGGAGCGGCGGGGCCGAGGAGCCCGCGGCGGCCGGUGCGGAGGCGCGGGAGGGCGGCCUCCCGCCCGGGGAGGACCCGGCCGCCGCUGCGGGGCCACCCGAGGAGCUCAGCCAAGAGCGAUCGGAGCCGGCCGCCGGAGAGGUUGGGACUGCGAAGGAUGCGGCCAUAACAGGCUGCGGAGAUAUUAUUGCGGACCAUGAGGAGGAGGUGGGCGGCGGGAGUGGCGGCUGCGAGAAGAGCACCCCCGGGGCCGGCAAGCUGGGUGCCUCCAAAAAGCACCCCACCAUGGUGGCCUACCAGGGAGGAGGAGAAGAGAUGGCCAGCCCCGACCAGGUGGAUGACACCUGCCUUCAGGAGUUCUGGGAUAUGCUGUCACAGACAGAGGAGACCCAGACAGAAGGAGGAGGAGGUGGAGGAGGGACAAAGAUGCCUGAGGGUCUGAAGGAGAACCGAGGUACUGAGGGGACUCUGAACAAGGUGGCAGUGAAACGUGGUGGCCUCCACCAGAUCCCCAUUCACCUCAACCACAAAGAGGAGCAGAAGGGCAGGGAGAAGGAGCAGCACGAAGGAGUCCCGAACAGCGAUGAGGGCUAUUGGGAUUCCACCACCCCUGGUCCUGAGGAAGACGGCUCCACGAGCAUCCAGAAGGAGACCAUUCCCAGGGACAGCUACAGUGGUGAUGCUCUGUAUGACCUCUAUGCUGAGCCAGAUGAGAACCCACCAGCAGGGCCUACAGAUGAAGAGGUCACCUGUGUGCCACGCUCCAAACCUGUAUCUCCAGUAGCAACCACGUGUUCCCUGAAAACACCGUCAAGCACACUGAAGGACUCCAAGAUACCCAUCAGCAUUAAACACCUUUCAUCGCAUCCUGCCAGCCAUGGAGCAGAUGCCAGUAACAGCCAUCACGUCGCACACCAUCACCUGGCCAAAAGUGAGAUGCACAGAACAAAAAUCCCUGUCUCUAAAGUUCUGGUUCGCCGGGUCAGUAAUAGGGGCUUAGCAGGGACAACAGUGAAAGCUGCCACGUACCAGGACAGUGCCAAAAAGUAGUUGAGUAAGAAGUGGAGACAAAGAUGGACAGCAAGACUGGUGUCUGAAAUUCUGCAUAGGAGACCACAGAUAAUUAAUUAAUUAGUUUUGCAUCACCUGAAGGAAGGCACCUGAACAGCUUACUUCACUGAACUGCAUGGGCCUUCACUUCUGAGUCCCAUCUUACUAGACUGGCUGAAUAAAAAAGUCAACUUCUUUUCAAGCACUUUUUUUUACAUUUGUAUCUUUUUCUGCAGCACUGAACAGUGGGGAGGUUCAUUUUUACAUGCCUUUUUGGAAGCAGGACCUGGAUUAUGAACCUAAAUGAGCAUCCUUCCUCAUGCAGAACAGUGCCAUGAGUUCUUCAAGGGAACAGAGUUACGAAAGGAGCGACACUAGAGGUUCUCCAAUACACUUACCUUUUAAUCAUUUCUGGGGGAGGAGUAGGAGGGUGGGCAUCUGGCUCUGAAAAUGGUGCUUGCUCUGCAAGAUGUUGGAGAAAACGCCAACUGAAAAACAACCAACCUAACAGGUAUUUUACCUGCUGUAGGAACGAGAGCUCUGCUCAACAGCAGACUUGAUUGACUUGUGUGCAGUAGCUAACUAAGGAGUUAGGUGAACUUGUCCAACUGGAAAACAUAUUUUUGUCUGUCUCUCUGGUUGGUUUUGAUCUGGUCUAAUUGUAAAUGGGUUACAGAGGCACCUGACGUAGGUUCAGAUGUUUACAUCAAUACUUGUCCAAUAUUGCAUACCAUCGGUUCAGGGAAACGUUUUACUAAAUGCCAAUAUAUACACACUGUUCACAUUUUUACAAUAACUUGCUCGCCAUGUGUAAAUACAUACGUAUUUUAGCAGAUUUACUCAAUGCUACAAGUUUUUUAUAAAAAAAAAAAAUCACUUGUCUGUUAUUAUCUAGAGUUUAAGCAAGAGUUAGUUUUUAUAGGUAGAUGAUUUUACAGUUCUAAAAUGAUAGGACUUUGUGUAAGUACCUUAAAUUAGAGCAAAACUCUCUUUUGUAUGGGCUCAUACAUCUCCAGAUAAGUAAGUCUGAAGUGCUGAUUUUAUUCCAGUGGCACAUUCCGUGUGUCAGGGCUGAGGAUCUGACAGCACUGCCACUGUAAACCUCUAUUUUCAGGGGUUUAGGCAAAGUUGCUCUGGGCUUAAACCUUACAGAGAAGGAACCCAGUAAAGAAACGUUUUUUAAUUAUUAUUUUUCAAAAUAUAUAAAAUUAGUUUUUGACUAUUUAAAGAAAGUUUAGGUUCUCGUUGCUUUUUAUUUUCAUUAAUGACGUCAGAAUAAUUUUACUUUAACAGAGAAAAAUAAAUAUUCUAAGCUAGUGGUGCAUAAAAUGUUCUGGUGAGCUUGGAUCUUAUGAGAAAUGUAUUAAUGGCUAGGACAUUUUUGAAUAGUGGCUAGUGUACAUGGGCAUUGGCAACAUUUCAAGGAAAUUUAAUAGGGUUUUAAUGUGCCUGAGGACAUAUUUUUAUGAUACACUGAAAAAGCUCAAAAAAUCACUGAAGUCUAAAGGUAAAUGUGUAUUUACAAAAUAUUUUGAUAGAAGUAUUUAAUCAUCAGACCACAGUUAAUAUAAAAUAUAUUCUCCAGUGUAUCUGAAAAAUAAUAUACAUUUAAAAAAAAAUAUACAUGUCUAUAUUAUGCAGAGAAUUCUAAAUUCACAUUGCUGAAGCUAAUGGGUCUGAUCUUACAUAGCAGUUGGUUUUAUUGUCUCUUAAAUUGAAAGAAAAAAAGGAAAAUAAAUAUACAGAAUACACAUUUGAAGGAUAUUAAGGUUAUAGGUAAACCAUAAAAUUCCAGGAGAUAGAACAGUAAGAACUGUAUAUAUGUAUAUGUGUAUUUCACUGAGGAAAUGACUACAGUCACAAGGGUGAAAUUGGCAUCUAGCUUUGAAGUAACUGCAGGAUUUAAUACCCAACUGCAACACCCCAGUGAACAGGGAGAAAGUGUUAGUUUUCCUGAUCGGCCACUGUUUUCAUGGUUUGAGGAAGAACCUUAAUACACUUCAAAGAAGAUUAUUUUAUAUGUUCUCUUUCUAACGUGUGUGUGUGUGUGUGUGGUUUCCUACAUGCCUACUCAGACAGACGUGUUGUACAUAUGCAUGUGUAGUCAGGAUGCACCUCCUGGGAGGGAGCAAGCACCUGGGGGAAGGCACACAGCCACAGGCUGAGGGGACAUGGUGUAGGGAUGUCUCCUAACACACUGGCCAGGAUUUCCUUGGCCUGAGGAGGGGAUUUGCAUUUGGCUGAGGCUGGUUGUGCAGUUUAGAAAGUUCAAGAUGAAAUGCCCUCAAAAAGAUGAAUAUACAGUACAGAACAUGGAACAUUGUCCUGGUCCUCAGCACUGAAGCUAAUGUUCUUUUUCCUGUUAGUUUGGUUUUGCCUGACUGUAAGGGACACAUGACAGCUCUGCAGAAAAAAUCAUAAUGCCCCAUUUUGUUGUGAAGAGAAAUUGUGCAGAGAGAUUCUGUAGGGUACUGGACGUUGAGAGGGAGGGAGAAUGUGAUGAGCUUGGGGUAGUACCAUAAAAACUGGAAGCACCAAGUGCAGGUAGUAGGAGUGGUGCAUCUUUAAAAGCGCUGGAAGAUAACAGCUACCAUCUCUACAGGCCUUGCGUGUGGCAAAUAAUUCAUCGUAUGCAUUUUGUUUGCUUUGUGGCAUGUCUGUAUCCUGAAAUCAAUAGUGACACUAGACUAGCUCCCUCUCACGUAGCAACUAACACGAAUCAUCAUUAAAAUGCUUUGGCUUCCCAUCAUUCUCUCUCUCCUUUGUUUUCUGACCCGUUUUUCCUCCAUCCUCUGCAUGCUUGUAGGCAGCAUCCCUGGUGCUGACCCCCAGCAUGGAGGGGGGAGCCUAGGGCUGGCAGCUCAGCACUGGGUGGGAGGGUGGAUGCCCAGCCUGCCCAGGCCAGGUGCUCCCCACUUGCUCUCCAAAGGUUUCUGUCACAUACCCAGUGAAAGCACACUUUGCAAAUCUCUUGGUGGUUCGUUUGGCUGCUUGCUAUGUACAUAUUUUAAGGACAAUCAUAUCCUUAAAAGGAAAAUGUGAAAGUAGUAGGACGUCAGUAUUUUGAAUCGUUGCAACAUACUGACAUGUUGAUUCAGGGUGAUGGUUGUGUGAGAGCAAAAAAUACAAUUUAAUGCUCAAAUUAACUUUGUAUUUAUAAAACUUGCUUGUGUCUUUAAGCCAUCUAUGGGUUUUUUAUUUCAGAAGGUAAUAGAAAAUUUAAUGUUUACUAGGGCUUUCAAUUUUCAUAGAAAUAUAUUUGUACAACUCCACACAAUGCCUGAAACAAUCAUUGGAAGGAGGUUCAAAGGCUUUCUUUAGAUCUAUAUUUAAUUCCUGAAAGAUCCUUGUAAAAUACCGUGAGAAGCCUAAGAACAAACAGUUAAUGGCUUGUUGGAUUUAAAGGCUGAGACAUACAAAGAUAAUAGUCCUGAGGCAUUCUGUGGUGGUUUGCAUUCUUAUUUAUGUUACCCUGUUCAAGCAUAAAUUUUCCUUGGUUUUGAUAGGUAUCAAGGUAGAAAUGGUGUUUUGAGUCCCAAAGAUAACAGUCCCAAUGAUGUUGUGGUUUUGAUUUUCUUAAAUAAUGCUUUUCUUUUUUUGUUAUUUUGUGGUCUGAAUUAUGCAUUGUAAUUAUCAGCUUGUAUGUCAUUCAUAAAGAGUUUUAUAGAUCAGGACUUACUUGGCAUUUAGUUAUAUGUACUCUUUGCACUUUCAGGUCACUACUGGUAAAUUUUGUAUGUUCUUAGGAUAUUUCUGUGUAUUGUGUAGCAUUUUAUAGCUAUCUACAGUGAUUACAGUGGUAUACAUUCCUGUCAUAUAUCAGCACAAAAUAUUUCCUUUUGGUAGCAUGAAAUGAUGUUUUUGUGGGCUUCUUUUGUCAUGAUAGGAAUUAAGUUUUAUGUACUAUAUGUGUGGCCUGACAGACCUAAAUGGUCUUAUUUCCCUGUAGUGCGUAUGCAUUUUGCUCUUGCCAGUUAUAGGACUCAAACACACGUAACAGAUUUUGGAAGAAAUUCCAUGACUAGAAUAAGAAAAAUCUAUGUUCAGUCUUAUUCCAUCAAUCACCAGCAUUCUCUUCAUCCACUGUGAGUAUCCUCGCUGCCAUGCAGGGUAGUAGAGGACUGAAUUUUAAGAAUUAUGUGCACAGACAUACACCAUGAAAAUUAAUUCCCUGAUUAUUUUUUAAUGUAUCUUGCUAAAUUAUUUAUCUAAGCUAAGCGAAGAUUGUACCAAAGUCUUCAAAACGUCUGAUACAGAUGGCAUUUUCAGGAAGAUGCUAUAAGUGCAGAUGAGCCAAAUUAACAGGCUUUGCUCUGCAAAGCAAAAUCCUAGUUUUUUCUUAAUUUUGUAGUACUGACCGAGGUUGCAGAUCAAAGGGAGCCAUUGAUUCUGCUACAUGGCCAUGCUCGGAGAUUUUUUUUUUCCCCCUGCUCUAAUGGACUACUUUCAGGAAAGGCUUUUCAGCAAGAUAAUUGUAUGAAAGAGACAGUUCACAGUGACAAUAGCCACUUCCAAGGGAGAUGGUUAUCUAACAGCCAUGAUGGGGGGGGCUUUUUAAAGCAAGGUGGCUUUAAAAUGUAUUUUCAUAGUUACUGAUACAAAAGGCUGAGGUUUCUGUCUUGGAAAAACAAAUUGACACCGACUGAAAAGACACUGCAGAAAUGUGUCUUGGCAGAGUUUACAUUUGACAGCUUCUGUAGGGUUCUAUUUAUUUAUUUAGGUUUUUCCUUUUUGGGGGGGUUUGGUUUUUUUUUUGGUGUGUGGGGUUUUUUUGGGGUUUUUUUUUGUGUGUGUGUGGUUUUUGUUGUUGUUGUUGUUGUUGUUUCUGCUUUAUGUUUUCAUUACAAUGACAGCCCCACGUGUCCAUGCAGAACUGCACAACAGCUGACUCUUCUGAGAUUCAGUGCUGACAAUACACUGUCAGUUGUCUUCAGUGGCCUGGAGCUGGUCACAGCUAACUUCCAUUCAGGGAUGGGAUGAUGGGAUUCCCUUGUCAUCAGUCCACAUGCUGUUUACUGUGAGCAGGAUGCAUCUGAAUCUGCCUCGCUGUUUGUUUUCAGGGGUCAGUUGAUUCUUAAUCUGACUCAUAGGAAUUUCUUAGCUCAUCCUUAGCUCAUGUCUUGUCUUCCCUGUGAGCAACUCAGCUAGGAACAGUCAGCAUUGAUUUGGUGUUUCCUAGGUCCAUUUCUUGUAGAGAGAAAUGGAAGAACUUGCCAUAUACAAAGGAAUAAGAGCUAUAACCAUGCAGGCCACAUCCUUGGAGGCCUUUACUCCUGCAAAAGCAGUUUGUUAAAGCUCUUCCUGCCUUAGCGGUCUUACACAUCCAAACCAGUGAGAACUAUUGCCUGGGACCACCUUUUUUUUCUCUGUCUCUCAUUCCCUCUCAACCAUACUGUAGGAAAGAGACUUCUGACAUAGCCUUCCAGCACGAGAAAAGAGGAGCUGCUGCCAGUGUGUCCUUCGGGAGGUUUUUGCUCCUACUUCUUGGUCUGGAAAAAAUUAAUCCACCUCCAUAACAAGCAGAAAAUAUACUUAAAAUGGAGGUAUCUGCUAUAUGAUCUAAUAUACACGAGUGAGGAUGUGAGUGAUAUUUUGCACAGAGUGGAAUACAUCCUUCCACUUUCCUGUGGUGGACAGUUAGCCAAUCUAGCAGGGAAGCAUGUCACUCUUGUAGGAAAGCCCAGAAGCUGUUUUUUAUGGAGACUGCCCAGAUAUUCUUUAUCAUUGGUAAGAACUGCUUGUCUUUCUCAUUUCUGCACUUAUUUAAACAAAGAGAACCAGAGUUGUAGUGGAGAGAGGAAAAGGUUAUGUGAUUCACAGGGUAAGGAGUUUAAACUGCUUGGCUGACAGGCUUGUUCUAGCAAUGGCUAAGAUGAGAUUGCUUUGCCUACUCUAACAUCCCAUCCAAGCAAUGCUCUGCAAUAGAAGCUAAUCCAGCUGUGGCCACAAAGUUAGAAAACUGGCAUUUGCCAACAUGGUCUGAUAAAUCUCUGUGGCCCAGUUUUGCUGUGGCAAGGCUUCCACUGACUCCAGAAAGAACUGGUGAAGGUCCUUUAUCUCUUAAUCUUGAAGGAAAUAGGAAGCAUUUCUUGAAUAAGUCUUCCCUUUUUUAAAAGAUGAACAUUAUUCAGGUGCUUAUGCCAGCUUUUCUAUGCUAGUAUUUUCACUGAUCUGAAUGCAAAACACGUCUUUCCGUUGUUUUUCAAUUUAACAAGCAGCUACUCCUGCACAUAAAUCCAGUGCUCAGCGUGUUUAAAUUACAGCUAACACAAUCACUGCCUUCCUUAAUUUAACUUCUGAUGGCAAAAACAGGAGCAGAUCCUUCCCAGAGUGCUAAACCUCCUGCUUAUUGUGUCAUUGUUCUUGGUUUUUUAUAUGGUACCUAAUGAUGCCUCCCCUUAAUUGUUUCACAGACAGGUCUUAAAUCCAAUUUUAGGGAGAACAGCAUGUAGGGACUGAAUGGAAAGAACUUUUAACAGAUUUUUUUUAUGUUGGAUGAUGUUGCAUCAAAACAGUUGCUAUUUCAGUAUUAGGUUGUUUCCAUGGGCCUUUUAUGCAUGUGCACUGGAAGCGUGAACAUAAUGUUCUUGUAAAAGAAAAUAGGCUACAUCUGCUUUGAAUUAAUCCUGACCUUAAAAUGUGAAAGCUACACAUCUGGUGAUGUUUCUUGGUUAAUGGCUGCAAAGGGGAAGGUCUGCCCUGACUCAGCUGCACUGCGUGGACUGGGGCAGCAAGGCACUGUCACUGGGAUCAUUUGCUGCCUGACCCUGCCAUGUGGACCCAGCAGAGGGGUGCGGGAUGUCACCAAGUGGAGGUGUCUGCCAGACUGCAUGGCAGCAAGAAAAGCCAGGGUGGUGGUGCUGUGCUGGGGUGGGAGGGUUGAUGGGAUGAAAGCAAGGGCUAGACCUCUGGACCAUGUGGAAAAGGAGAGUUAUAUAUAUGCAUUUAAGAUCCGGCUCCUUUUUUUUUCUUGCAUUGAUGGUUGGAUUCACUAAAGUAUGAGCCAGACUGUGUGAGUGAGUGGCAGGACCUCGGUGUGCUGAUGCUGGUGCUCCUGCCAGUGUGACUGCUCUCUUCAACACCUGAGCAGUGCCCAGUGCUUCUGUUUCUGAAGGUGGCUUUAGCACAGAGACUUCCACAAAGCCCCAGUAGCUGAGCACCAACUCAUGGCAUCUCACUGCUCUUCUACCCUCAUUUCGCCAGGGAGAUGCGAAGACCCAAGCCCUUGGCAGGGUGGUGAGCACUGGCUGCACCCAAGGGCAAGUGGGGAGGGAGCAUAAGACACACCAUAUAGCAGCACCACCACCAAGUCCUAGGUAGAGUGCAAGUAACUUUCUGCAGCCUACAGCUUAAUGAAAGCAAUGAUACCCUGCUUUUUCAAUGAGGCAGCAGACUAAAGCUGUUGCCUUUGUGUAAAACUGAAGUAAAUCCUCUGCUGUGGGACACAUUGCAACAGCUGAACAAUAUGUCAGUCCACCAGUAUUCCCUCUGAAAACUGUGGAUCUAUUAAUGGUGUCAGUUGUUGUUAAGACUGAAUGAAGAUCCCAAAAUUUGGCCCCAUCUGAAUCUUGUUGCUGUGUUUGUCAGCAGAGUGUCUCUCUCAGAAAAGCUCUAGUGUUGAGGCUUGUGGCCCUGCUGAAUUAGGGAAUGAAUGUGGUUGGUGAAAAUACAGAUUCAGUAAGUCCAGAAAACACAGCAUGGCUUCAGUCUUUUGUCACAGCCCAGUUGUGCUUAAAUAUCAUGGUGUGCCCGAGGAAGACGUAGCAAGGACUGCUCCACACUGCAUCUGGCAGACUGAUGCUCUUGGGGCUACAUGCUGAAAGGGACAGAUGUGUCAUGUUAGAAGUCACUUAAUCUGUUUCUGUAAAUUGUGUUGUAGCUGACGGAUAGCUGUUAAUUACAAUUUCCCCCGUAUAUUUUGGGUCAGCCACCUCCAGUAAGGUAGCAUAUGACCUGCUCAAGAUAACGAGUGAUUAAAAGCCAGAACUCCCCCCUCUUCUUAUCUAAACGGUUUGCUAAUAAUCUGGUGAGUCUGUGUGCACCAACUUUUCUGAGUGAAAGCUCAGAACACUCUGGGGGGUGUUUUCGUAACAGACUGUUAGACAUACUCUGCUCUUUCCACCUCUACAAACUUUAAUGAGUAUAUGUCUCCUUGAAUCAUGGUAUUCGUAAUGUAUUUACAGCCUAAAUGAUAGCAAUAGAUGUGUUUCUUCCCUGGCAGUUCAUGAGGAUAUACUAAGCAGUGUUUAUUAUAUUUUUAAUUCUGUAAAUAUUUAUUUUGGUACUCUGUGUAUUUAUUGGCACUGAUUCUGGUGUUUGCUUAUGUGUCAUUGUAAAUGUUGAUGGUUUCAAUAGUCUUGCUUCUAAUGAAUGUAAGGAACUCAGACUAACUGCACUUUUCUUCCAUUGAAAAAUCUUACAGUGAAAAAUAUUCCCACUGUCACAUUAUGUGUUAUAAUGAAUACAGUUAAUAAAAUCAGUUAUCACUUUUCAUUGA